GUGACUGCGACGCCGCAGAUGACGUGUCGGGUUCCGGGCAGAAAGCGGCUGAUGGUCGCUGUCAGGACGGUCCUCUGAUCACUACCGAACGUCUGUCCCACCGGACCCGCAGCAUCCCCCGAGAAGAGGCGUCGCUCUCCCCGCUGCGCAGCACCAUGAGCGCCCGGUCCGCCCUGCGGGGCCCCCUACUGGUUCUCUGGUUUCUGUCACAGGGGGUACUAGGGUUUUACCUCCCGGGUCUGGCGCCCGUCAGCUUCUGCGAGCCUGCGAAGGUGGGCGAAGGAAACGCGGUUCCCGACUGCAAGUCUACGAUCGAGCUGUUUGUGAACCGGCUGGAUUCGGUGGAGUCGGUCCUACCUUAUGAGUACACCGCCUUCGACUUCUGUGCGGUGGAGGCGGAGAAGCGUCCGUCUGAGAACCUGGGCCAGGUGCUGUUCGGGGAGCGGAUCGAACCCUCGCCUUACAAGUUUACCUUCAAGAAGACUGAGAAGUGCCAGCUGGUGUGCAACAAGAAAUACAACACCAACCUGCCCACGGACAAGACCUACAUGGACUUCCUGAAGAAGGGCAUGCUGCUCAAUUAUCAGCACCACUGGAUUGUGGACAACAUGCCCGUCACCUGGUGUUACGAUGUGGAGGACGGGCAGAAGUUCUGUAAUCCCGGCUUCCCCAUUGGCUGCUACGUCACUGAGGGGGGCCAGCCCAAGGACGCCUGCGUGGUCAACUCGGACUUCAGUGAGAAGGACACCUUCUACAUCUUCAACCACGUGGACAUCACCAUCCACUACCACGUGGUGGAGACCGGGGAGCUGGGGGCCCGGCUGGUGGCCGCCAAGAUGGAGCCCCGCAGCUAUAAGCACACCAACGCGGACGCCCCCGACUGCCAGGGCGGCCCUAUGUUCAUCAAAAACAAGGACUCUGGGGACAUGAAGAUACCGUACACCUACAGCAUUGCGUUUGUGGAGGACAAGAAGAUCCGCUGGGCCUCCAGGUGGGACUACAUCCUGGAGUCCAUGCCCCACACCAACAUCCAGUGGUUCAGCAUCAUGAACUCCCUGGUGAUCGUGCUGUUCCUCUCGGGCAUGGUGGCCAUGAUCAUGCUGAGGACGCUCCACAAGGACAUCGCUCGCUAUAACCAGAUGGACUCGGUGGAGGAUGCUCAGGAGGAGUUUGGCUGGAAGCUGGUCCACGGAGACGUCUUCCGGCCCCCUAGGAAGGGCAUGCUGCUCUCUGUGUUCCUGGGCUCGGGGACCCAGAUCUUCAUCAUGACCUUCGUCACCCUCUUCUUCGCCUGCCUGGGCUUCCUGUCCCCUGCUAACCGCGGGGCCCUGAUGACGUGCGCCGUGGUGCUCUGGGUGCUGCUGGGGACCCCCGCCGGCUACGUGGCCGCGCGCUUCUACAAGUCGUUCGGAGGAGAGAAGUGGAAGACCAACGUGCUGCUCACCGCCUUCCUGUGUCCUGGGGUGGUGUUUGCGGACUUCUUCCUGAUGAACCUGAUCCUGUGGUGGGAGGGGUCUUCGGCGGCCAUGCCCUUCGGGACGCUGGUGGCCAUCUUGGCUCUGUGGUUCUGCAUCUCCGUCCCGCUCACCUUCAUCGGGGCGUACUUCGGCUUCAAGAGAACGGGGAUCGAGCACCCGGUGCGGACCAAUCAGAUCCCGCGUCAGAUCCCGGAGCAGUCGUUCUACACCAAGCCCCUUCCCGGCAUCGUCAUGGGGGGCAUCCUGCCCUUCGGCUGCAUCUUCAUCCAGCUCUUCUUCAUCCUCAACUCCAUCUGGUCUCACCAGAUGUACUACAUGUUCGGCUUCCUCUUCCUCGUCUUCAUCAUCCUGGUCAUCACCUGCUCUGAGGCCACCAUCCUCCUCUGCUACUUCCACCUGUGUGCCGAGGACUACCACUGGCAGUGGCGCUCCUUCCUGACCAGCGGCUUCACCGCCGUCUACUUCCUGGUCUACGCCAUCCACUACUUCCUGUCCAAGCUACAGAUCACGGGAUUGGCCAGCACCAUCCUCUACUUCGGAUACACCAUGAUCAUGACUCUCAUCUUCUUCCUCUUCACUGGUACCAUCGGGUUCUUCGCCUGCUUCUGGUUCGUCACCAAGAUCUACAGCGUGGUGAAGGUGGACUGAAGGCCUGCUGCCCUACCUGACCAACUCGACUAAGACCGGCUUUCUGCUCCUCAUCUCUGACCCCGCCCCCCCCCCUCACCGUGACUCCUCUCACACCCUGAGCCAACCCGGUCCCCACGCUACACCGUCUCUGUUCCCAUAGCGACUGAAGACCCGGUCAGAGAGCGCCCUGACCGGAUGACGUUGACAUACAGUCGUAAUUUUGUGUGUGUGUGUGUGUGUGGUUGUGUUCAGCCUGCGGGCGCUGGUCAGUGUUUUAACUGACCAGGGCGGCGCUGGACUCGACCUCCUGAGACGAAGUCCUCCUCCUCUCCUCAGUUCUUCACGGCUCCUCUCCAGGACAGCUCCUUGCUCCCGCCCCCUACGGCAGCUCCUGGCCCUGCCCCCUACGGCAGCUCCUGGCCCCGCCCCCUACGGCAGCUCCUGGCCCCGCCCCCUACAGCAGCUCCUGGCCCCGCCCAUCUUGUCCCCGAUCCCUACAUUUGCUCC